AUGGGAACUAUCGCAAUGAGUAUCCCCCCGGACUCCAAAACCGUUAUCGAUGGCGAAUUCCGGCGCAUGAAAAAUAUCAGGGAGAUUAGGCUAAGCGAUGAUAUCAAGGCUUUUGUAAACAAUGCGCAUUCCUUAUUUGAGUUAAAGGGCGCUUCAAAUCACCGAGGCCCCUGCAAGAGAUCUCUCAUCCACUACGUGGCCGUGGGAGAUUGCCCUGAGCUUCUUCGGUGUCUCCUAAGAACUGGUGCUGCGAAAGACGUUCGCGACCAGAACAAGCAUACACCCCUCUCCUGGGCUGCAGAAUAUGGUGCCUUAGAUUCUGUGAAGAUUCUUUUGGAAUACGGAGCGAAGAUCAAUUCCAUGGAUGAUAUGUAUUCCACCCCUUUGUCAUGGUCAAUUCAUGUCCCUCAUAGCCUUGGAGGGCCCGGAGAAGCAUUUCGCAUCAUCAAAGAAGAGCGUCAGGGACAGGAUCCUGCCAGGAAUUUCAAGCAGGACCUGCAGUACCCUAUCCCGCUCAUCCGCAUCAGAAAUAUCCGGGAAGAGCGGUCCUUCCGGCGAAGCCCAUACACAUCAGAUGGACGAUCUCAGCGAUACCGUCAUAAGAGAACCGGCGCCGAAGUCGCAGGCUGCCAAUUGGUCGAGCGCCAGUCCGACGCUCUGAUCGAUUUUGAAAUGGGACGCUUACAAGUCGAAGAUGAUACGGUGCUGGGGCCUUCGUGCAGUGAUGAUGACGGUCAGGAGGUCAGGUCUGUCGAGGCCAUGUAUCCUCAGUUUGAACAUCAGGAGGCCGAAGGGUAG